AUGAAGGUGUGUAACCGUGGAGCGCAGAUGCUUUUCACCACGGCAGGGGCUUUCGUGGCCUUUAGCCUGAUGACCAUCGCUGUGGGCACGGACUACUGGUUAUACUCGCGUGGGGUCUGCCGGACCAAGAGUGCCAAUGACAAUGACACCAACCGAAAGAACGAAGAGGUGCUCACGAAUUCGGGGCUCUGGCGACAAUGCUGCAUGGAAGGCAUUUUUAAAGGGGUUUGUAAGGACAUUGAUCAUUUCCCAGAGGAUCCAGAUUAUGAACAAGAUGCUGCAGAAUUUCUACUACGUGCUGUGCGUGCAUCUAGUCUUUUCCCUAUAUUAAGUGUGGGACUGCUUUUCAUUGGUGGAGUUUGUGUAGCCGCCAGUGAGUUCUACAAGAGUCGACAUAACGUCAUCUUGAGUGCAGGCAUCUUUUUCAUCUCAGCUGGUCUCAGUAACAUCAUUGGCAUUAUCGUGUACAUCUCGUCCAACGCUGGCGACCCCAACCAGAGCGACUCCAAGCGCAGUCACUGGUACGGCUGGAGCUUCUACUGCGGCGCUCUGUCCUUCAUCAUAGCAGAGACUGUGGGUGUCCUGACUGUUCACCUCUUCAUCGACACGCAUCGUGUGUUAAGGGCACAAUCCCAUGGCUCGCUCCGACGCAGCACACAUUCAUCACUGCAAUAUCGCCGUUCUACCAGCUAUCGCUCACGUUACCGCUGGAAACAGGGUCAAAAUCGUUCGCCCGACUCCCGAUCUGGCGAGCCCUCCCCUGUCUGUCAUAGGAACGACCUUGGGCUGUACGCAUUGGGGCGCGGGCUUCCACAAACUACAACUCACGCGCUAGCGCACAACUCGGUCAACACGACCCGUGGCUUUGCGCAUUUCCACAACUCUGCCAUUGUCAAUAACAGCUUUGCGAAUCCUCACGUUUCCUCCAUGCAAAACUCAGCGAAAUCCGAAAGAGGGCAUCCAAACAUACAGAACUCUUUGCGCUCAGACACAGGGGUUUCUUUUGCAAAUGCACAUGGGGAAAAUUCAGUCAAGCCAGAAAAUAGAGUUGUGCUGUCACAUAACUAUACGCAGAAGUCAGCAAAUCCUAGUAAAAGUCUAGUGCAUGCACGGAAUUCUGUGAAUGAUCUUAAGCACAAAAGCAGCACUGCAACAAGGAGAACUACUCCAGUGUGA